AUGACCAUCCUCCCCCAAAAAGACAGCCUGAGAAGGCAAUACAAAAUUAAAUAUACCAUCGGCCGAGGUACAUUCGGGUGUGUAAAACUGGCUCAGCAUCGCUUCACACGCACCCUGGUGGCUAUCAAGACCUUAGAAAAUCUACCUCAGCACCUCUGGAUGAUCACGGCAGAGAUGACAAUAUUGCAAUCCUUACAACACCCGAACAUAAUUCAGCUCUUUCAGAUCAUAGUGACCCAGAAGCACACACACAUCAUCACAGAGUACGCCCCUGGAGGAAACUUGAGAGAGCUUGUCAAGAAUGUUGGCAGGCUGCAGGAGGAAAAGGCUCAGACACUAUUUGGUCAGCUGGUGUCGGCCAUCAGGUAUUGCCAUGAUCGGGACAUCAUACACAGGGACUUGAAACCCCAGAACAUCCUGCUUGACGCAGAGGGGAAGGUCAAGGUGGCAGACUUCGGUCUUGCCACAAGGUGUCGAGCUGGAACUGUGCUGCAGGGCAGAUGCGGCACUAACAUCUUCAAUGCACCCGAACUGGUCCUGAGAGAAGGCUACGAUGGGAAGAAGGCGGAUGUGUGGAGUCUGGGCGUGGUGCUCUUUUAUAUCACCGUUGGGCAGCACCCCUUCAGAGGAAGCACCCUGAAAGACACCGAGGGGAAUAUCGUCCAAGGGAGCUAUGAGGUCCCUUCUCACGUCUCUGGGCAGCUUGAAAACCUGAUUCACCAAAUGCUCACGGUUGCCCCAGAGAAGAGGCCCUGCAUUGAAGACAUCGGACAACACCCGUGGGUCAUGAGAUGUGAAGACAACACCCCAGAUAACACCUACCCAGAUCCAAACAUACUAGACAUCCUGUCGGACCUUGGGUUUGACGUCAAUGCCAUCAUCAAGUCCCUGCGAAAGAGAAAAUACGACGAAAUGAUGGGGACGUACCUUAUCAUCAAAGAUCAGGUAGGCAAGGGGCUGGAGCUUGGCUGCGGCACUCCAGGCAAGCCUGAGGACCCCGACCCUACUUCUACUCCGCCACCAGUACAGCGCCUCAAACGAAGAGCCAGCGAACCCAUCUUUGGCUUCCUCCACAGUAGUCCUUCACAGCAUCACCUGCCUGACAUCCCGAGACUGUUAGGGCAGAAAUUGACCAGAAGUGCCUCCCUGCCUCAAUGUUGUCCCCAGAGGGAGAUCGCCACUUGUACCCAUACCCCCCUAUCCAGAACUGCUGCUGCCCGGUGUGUCAGCAGCAGCAUACCACAGGAGAAAAGGCCCCUGCCUCCUGGGCCAGACUCUGACAGGGAAGCAGCAUCUUCCCUUCAGAACAUCGGGUGCUUCAAGAGACUGCGCAAGAGACUCAGGGCUUGCCUGUCAAGAUGGUGUUGCUGUUUCUCAGGGAGUUCAAAGACACAGCCCCAACCUGUGUUCAACAACAGAGUGGUUCCCUUGAAAGAGGCAGGAGGCAGAGCCCGAUGA